AUGGCCUCAGUAGGGGCCGAGAGGCGGCCUGGGACCCAAGAGGAUACGGCCGUGGGGCUGGCAGUGCCCGUGGAGGCGUCUGGUGGCCGCGUUCAGAGCUCUGAGUGUCCAGUGACACGAGACCAGUGUCUGGUGCCAGCACAUGAAGCCUGCCAGACCCAGAGUGAAGACAAGUGUCCAAGAGGACCAGCCUCAGAGCCAGAGCUCCAGGAGGAGAGACUCAAAGCAGAGGUGGAGGCCCUAGAGGAGAGAGGCCCCAGGCCCUUAGUGUCCACUGUGAGGCCCAGUCACAGUCUGAAGAGGAAGCCUCUCUGGUCCCCCAGCCUCCCAGGGGCUAGUCACCAUGCCCAUCCUAGGGCCAAAGCUGAGCUGCCACUGGGGCUGCUGCUGCAGAAAGAGGAGCCGGAGGGGAGCCAGAGUGAGCCACCACCAUCUGCCAAACAGCACAAAAAAACCAAGAAGCGCAAAAGUCCAGGGGCCCAAGCACUCCCAGCUGUAGUCAACACAGUGUCUGCCCCCUCAGAGGCCUUGGGGCUGGAGCGAAAGGCCCAGCGCCUGCGGCCUCUGUACCAGUACAUCAACUAUUGCAACCCUGAGCUGAACCAGGCAGGAGAAGGGGACAGGGAGGCCAAGGCCGAGCACGAGUUGGACCUGGCCCUGAUCCCCAAGGAGGCAGGUGUGGAGCAACUGCAGGCCCUGCUGCCUGUGGCAGGUGAGCUGGGCUCAGGCUUGGCUUUGCCCUGCCGUAAAAUGUUAGUGCCCCCAACCCAUGUUCUGGCUCCCCUGGCAGAGGAGGCUGGAGAAGAGCCUGGGGGUCUGCCCAACUUGGGGGUCAGUGGCUGGCCCAAGGCUGAGGUGGAUAAGUCAACCCAGGUGGACAUCGACAAGAUGCUGAGUGUCUGUGCUGCCCCCCUUGUGCCCCCGCUCUCUCCUCAGUACAGGUGA